CAUUGACGUUCACACUGUCCACAGCUUCGUUGUGAUUGGUGGAAAAUAACGUGUUGCAUAUCAACAAGUGGUUUUCAUCAAUUUCAAAUCAUAUUGUUUCCAUAGAAUAAAGUCCUAAGCUCAGUAAAAAUUAAACUUUUAUUGGUACAUCUUGAUUUUGAGUGAAUAAUUGUCUUUUUUUGUGAAUAUGUCCGCCAAAGUGGUAGUAAUCGGUAGUGGAGGAAGGGAACAUGCAAUCGUUUGGAAAAUUUCACAGAGUGAUCUAGUUAAGCAAAUUUUCGUAAUACCAGGAAGUUAUGCGAUCGCAAAAGUAGAAAAAGCAGAAAAUGUAGCCAUCGAUGUUAAUAAAUUUGAGGAUAUAAAAAAAUUCUGCGAAGAAAACAGUGUUGAUGUAGUGGUUGUUGGUCCGGAGGAUCCCCUGGCCAAGGGCAUAGCUGAUUUUCUAGGGAAGUCGAAUAUAAAAGUAUUCGGACCUAGCAAAGAUGCGGCUUUAUUGGAAUCUGACAAAAGUUGGGCCAAAGCGUUUUUUGACAGACACGAUAUACCUACCGCCAGGUGGAAAUCUUUCGAUAAUGCAGAAGAAGCGAAAAGAUUCAUAAUGGGGGCCCCGUUUCCUGCCCUAGUGGUCAAGGCUAGUGGAUUGGCAGCAGGCAAGGGGGUUAUUGUAUCUUCUACCAGACAAGAAGCGUGUGGUGCUGUCGAUGCAAUUUUAGGAGACAAAAAAUUUGGAUCAGCUGGAGAAACUGUAGUUGUUGAGGAGUUAUUAGAUGGAGAAGAAGUUUCGGUUUUAGCGUUUACUGAUGGAAAAACAGUGAAGGCGAUGUUACCAGCGCAGGAUCAUAAACGGAUAUACGACAACGAUCAAGGUCCAAACACAGGAGGUAUGGGUGCAUACUGCCCAUGCCAUUUGUUGAACGACGAUCAAAUCAAGUUUGUUCAAAAGAACAUUCUUGAAAGGACUGUUGAAGGCUUCAAAAAGGACAGGAUUCCAUAUGUCGGGGUUCUAUAUGCCGGACUUAUGAUCACAAGUGACGGCAUCAAAAUUCUUGAGUACAAUUGCAGAUUCGGGGAUCCAGAAACAGAAGUCAUUCUUCCGCUUCUGGAAUCAGACUUGUACUCCAUAAUUUCGAGUUGUUGUGAUGGAACACUGGACAAAUCUGAAAUAAGAUGGAAAGAGGGCUUGACAGCAGUCGGCGUGGUGAUGGCUUCCUGUGGGUAUCCGGGCACCCCUAAAAAGGGCCAAGAAAUAACAGGAAUCGAGGAAAUAGAAAAGAAAUCAAACUACGUUGUUUUUCAUUGUGGUACAAGUUUCAAGGAUGGUCAUUUGGUAACGAAUGGAGGUAGAGUAUUGAUAGUGGUUUCUCUGGCAGAACAACUAGCCAAAGCUGCUGCGGAAGCUACACAAGCUUGUAAGAUUAUAAAGUUUGAUGGAUGCCAAUUUAGAAAAGAUAUUGCUGUCAAAGGAAUAGCUAGAUCCAUUUUAACUUCAGGAAAACUUUCGUACAAACAGUGCGGUGUUGACAUAACAGCAGGUAAUGAUUUGGUCUCCCACAUCAAACCCAAGGCCAAAGCAACAAACCGACCAGGUGUCAUGGGUAGCAUCGGCGGUUUUGGAGGCUUAUUCGAUGCCAAAGCCGCUGGUUACAAGGACCCUUUACUAGUUUCCGGAACCGAUGGCGUUGGCACAAAGUUGAAGAUCGCCCAAGAGGUAGGAAUUCACGAUACUAUCGGCAUAGACCUUGUGGCUAUGUGCGUGAACGAUGUGUUGGCGCAUGGAGCUGAGCCUCUCUUCUUCUUGGAUUACUUCGCUUGUGGCCAUUUGGAGGUCGAUGUGGCUAAGGAUGUUGUUUCUGGUGUGGCCGAAGGUUGUCUUCAAGCUGGAUGUUCCCUUAUUGGUGGUGAGACAGCGGAAAUGCCAGAUAUUUAUCCAGAUGGAGAAUACGAUGUGGCUGGGUUCGCAGUUGGGGCAGUCGAAAGAACCCAUUUACUACCCCGAGUGCAAGAUAUCGAAGUAGGGGAUGUUUUAAUAGGCCUUCCUUCCUCCGGAGUACACAGCAAUGGGUUCAGUUUGGUUAGGAGAGUCAUGAAACUUGCAGGUGUAACGUAUCACAGCUUAUGCACGUUCAGCGAAUCGAAUAAGACAUUCGGUGAAGAACUGUUAACCCCAACCAAGAUAUACGUCAAAUCUGUUGUUCCACUGAUAAAAACUGAAAAAAUCAAGGCCUUCGCACACAUCACUGGAGGAGGUCUACUCGAGAAUAUACCAAGAAUUCUACCAGCACAUCUUGCAGUAAAAUUGAACGCUAAGAAAUGGACUGUACCUAAGGUGUUCGCAUGGCUGGCUGCCAUGGGGGGUGUCAAUGAAUUCGAACUUUUGAGAACGUUGAAUUGUGGAAUUGGUGGCGUUUUGGUCGUGAAACAGGAAGAUGUUGAAACAGUUCUUAGUUCACUCAAACCUGAUGGUGGCAUGAUAAUCGGAGAAGUUAUAGCGUGUAAAGAUGCAGAGAAACAGGUUAUCGUCGAAAAUUUUGCGGAAGUAAUGGAGAAGGAUAUGAGGCUAUUCGUACCGGAUUUGAUUCAGCGACAGAUCGUCAACAAAAAAAGGGUUGGCGUUUUGAUAUCGGGCAGCGGCACCAAUCUUCAAGCGCUCAUAGAUGCGACUUCAGACACUUCACAAAACAUCGGCGCCGAGAUAGUGUUGGUGAUAUCCAACAAGGACAACGUGGAAGGUCUGAAAAGAGCUAGUAGAGCAGGCAUACAAACAAAAGUCAUAAGUCAUAAAAACCAUGCAUCCAGAGAAGACUACGACAGGAAAUUGGAUGAAGAACUCAAACUGGCCGGUGUUGAAUUGGUCUGUUUAGCGGGAUUUAUGAGAAUUUUAAGUGCUGAAUUCACCAACAAAUGGCGAGGGAGGCUGAUCAACAUACACCCCGCCCUUCUUCCGUCCUUCAGAGGCACCCACGCUCAAAGGCAAGCCAUCGAGGCUAAAGUCAAAAUAAGUGGGUGUACUGCUCACUUCGUCGAUGCUGAUGUGGAUACCGGCGCCAUAAUAGCCCAAGAGGCUGUGCCUGUUGAAGUUGACGAUACCGAAGAAAGCCUCACCGAGAAAAUUAAAGUUGCUGAACAUAAGGUGUUUCCUCGUGCCCUUCAAUUGGUCGCAACCGGUAAAGUUAGGCUUGGUGAUGAUAAUAAAGUCGUUUGGUUAGUUUGAUAAAUAUAUGAGUAAUACAUAUUCAACUUAUUUUUGUAUGAAUCUUUGAUUAAAUUGGAAAUUACAUAAA